CCGGGUCGCUCGGGCCGCGCACGCGCUUCAGGGUGUACCCGCGCAGAGGGCGCCGGCUUGGAGCCGUCCGCCGUGUAGCCAGCCGCCCGCCCAGCCGCCACCAUGAAGGCCGUAGUGCAGCGCGUCACCCGCGCCAGCGUCACAGUUGGAGGGUGUUGUCCCAUGUCAACCACAGUAGGAGAAAUGGCCCCAUGUUUGGGCAAAUCCUCCACCUGGAGGAGCAGGCAGCACAGGUUAUCACUGCAAGCCCAGUGCCUUCCAGGAGCUGUGAAUAGAGGCGCUACAGGAGCAGAGACCCCAGAGCAGCCUCCUGGGACAGGGCUGCGCCCCAGCGGUGGUACACAUGAGUCCUGGCCAAGGUCAUGCCUUCCGGUCCGAAAGAUCUUGAACCUGCGUGUGUUUGAGGACGAGAGCGGCAAGCCCUGGUCCAAGAGUGUGAUGGACAAGCAGUACGAGGUGCUGUGUGUCAGCCAGUUCACCCUGCAGUGUGUCCUCAAGGGCAACAAGCCCGACUUCCACCUGGCCAUGCCCACCGAGCAGGCCGAGAGCUUCUACAACAGCUUCCUGGAGCAGCUGCGGAAGACUUACCGGCCCGAGCUCAUCAAAGAUGGCAAAUUUGGUGCCUACAUGCAGGUGCAUAUUCAGAACGAUGGGCCUGUGACCAUAGAGCUGGAGUCUCCGGCUCCCGGCACUGCCACCUCUGACCCAAAACAGCCAGCAGCCGUCACUGAGCUGGGACCUUGGCCCGUGGGGACCGAGAUGUUCCUGGAUGAAUGGCAAGAACAGCCCUAUUCGCUUUCCUCCAUUUAGACUUUUCCAGGGAUGACACGGCAGCCGGCUUGGAAGCACAAAAGCCUACCCUUGUGUGAAGAUUCUCCUGUGACUGCUUUCCAUAAAGUGGGAAGUCAAUUUCCUUUUCCAUUUUCAAUCAUAAAAGUGAAGCCCAGAAGCCGCCCUUUGUGUGUAAUGGAAAGAUCUGAGCUUGUGGCCCCAUUUCCAUUUCCACUGCUCCUUCCCAGCCAGAACGCGAUCCCCACAUCGCAUCCCCAGGCGUGGACCGUGGCGGGAGGGCAAAGACUGCUGUUGACCAUCGGUGCCGCACUGGGUCAGAGAGCCUUUGGGGAGAAGCGCACUCUCGUACAGUUUCCCUCCAGAAUCCAGGCUAGCGCUGGCCUUGCACUCCAUGGAUUCUUUUUUCCAGGUUUAUGUUGUCCCUUUGUCCCCUUCAUUUUCUCCUAGGAAGAGUUUCCUAUUAUUGUGAUUAUUACUCUAAAAAAAUUUCAAGCAAGCAUGCAUGUAUUAACUGGAAAGUACCAAUUUAGAAAUGCUGUUUUUUAAUAGAACGCUUUUAUAGUAUUCCUGGAGAGAAAAGGUAUUUUUAUAGAAAUAGUUCUGUUCCUGUCUUUUAUUUUUCAUAUGAGCCCUUAUAAUAUUUUAUAUCAAUUUUUGUUACAUGUGAUAUGUAAAAAUCAGUAUUCUUUAAAAUUUUAGCAGUUUAGGGCUGGGGAUUUAGCUCAGUGGUUCUGCUGCCUGCCUCGCAAGCACAAGGUCCUGAGUUCAAUCCCCAGUACCUCCCCCCAAAAAUUUUAGCAGUUUAAGAUGCACUAAAAAUACUUUUAGUUGUAAUUUCUCAGAGAGGGCUGAGUCCUGCCAGACGUCAUAAAAACAUGUUGAUCUACUUUUGCACACAUCAUGGAAAACUUGAAUUAUCUUGGGUGUAUAGACAUAAAGGUUUUUUUAAUAUUAUGGGAAAAUAAACAUAAUAUAAAACAUAUCAUUUCAGCCUCAUGUAAGUAUUGGUUCAAUGUCAUUAGCACAUCUAUACUGUUGUGUGACCAUUGUUACCCUUGUCCAUUCCCAGACUCUUGAAAUUACACCCAUUAUUAAAAAGUAUCUCCUUUUUUUACCCGCCCCCCCAGCCCCUAGGACCCACCAUUUCUCUUUGAAUUUGACUAUUGUUAAGUAUCAUAUGAAUGAAGUCAUACGGCAUUUGUCCUCCAGUGACAAGCCUUUUUCAUUUAGCAUAACAUUUUCAAGGUUCAUUCGUGUCACACCUUCUGUUCAUAGCAUGCCUCAGAAGUUGCUUCCUUUUAAGGGCCAAAUAAUACUACAUUGUACAUAUAUGCCACAUUUUGUUUAUCCAUCUACCCAUCCGUGACCAUUGGGUUGAUCCACUUUUUAGCUGUUGUGAAUAUCAGCACACAACUAUCUCUUCAAGACCUUCUUUCAAUCCUUUUGGGUAAGUACCCUGAAGUGGAAUUGCUGAAUCAUGUGGUAGUUCUUUGUUUAAUUUUUCCAGAAACUGCUGAUGCUGUAUUAUUUCCCACAGCGUCUGUACCAUUUUGCAUUCCCACCACCCAUGCCUGUACCGCCCUGUUGGAGAUGGUGCCUUUGACAGAUCAGGGGAAAAAUUGAGUAAGAGGUUAAAUUAAU